UUUUGUUCCCUUGCAGUAUAAAUAUUGAUAUAUCCUUUUGCCACUGUUUAAAUGGUAGUUCUAAAGUUAAAACAGGAAUUGUCUGGAACAAAAAUAACAACCUAGGAUUUCCUUAUUUUGAUUGCCUGGCUGUUAGCCACUUGGGAACUGAGGCUAAUAAAUAUCAAGCGAGAGGAACAGAUAAGACAGAAGGCUGGAGCUUUUGCACUGAAGAAGAGGAAGCUGCUGUUCAGUCCACAAUGAGGCAACUUGCUCUCUUGCUUCUGCUCUCAGCUUUCGUCCCAGAGGCCUAACUGUGUAAGCAGAAGAUCAGGUGAUGGCAGCAACACUAUUGGCUCGAAAGCAAAUUCACACAGCCCCAUAUAGUUGUAAAGUGAUGAGUCAAAGUAUCUGGCUGACGCACAGAGGGGACUGAUGAACACUUCUCCUGCCUAUGUUAUUUCCUGCCCACUCCUCAAACCACUUCCCCAAUCACCCUUCUAGCUGGGUUUCAGAUGCAGAAAAUGCCACCCUGGCAGUGACAGCUGCUUCACUUCACUGAAGCAGGACAUCCUCAAUCUUCUAGAUAAAUGGGGAGGGACUUCCUGCCUUCCAAACUCUCCACAGAAGACCCUGCCUCAAAGCUGCAAACAAAUCAAGGAGUCCCAAGAAGAGGCCACAGAUGGGCUGUAUUUUCUGGAGACGGGAGACGGUGAAGUCUACCAAACCUUCUGUGACAUGACCACCAAUGGAGGAGGUUGGACUCUGGUGGCCAGUGUCCAUGAGAACAACAUGUAUGGCAAGUGCACUGCAGGGGAUCAUUGGUCCAGCCAACAAGGGAGCAACUCCAAUAAUCCAGAAGGAGAUGGAAACUGGUCUAAUAAAGCUACCUUUGGGUCAGCUGUGGCCUCAACCAGUGAUGAUUACAAGAAUCCUGGCUAUUAUGACCUGGCAGCACAAGAUCUGGCUAUAUAGCAUAUUCCCAACAAAAACUCAAUGAAAGAAUGGCGGAACACCUCCCUUCUGAGAUACCGCACCGAAACUGGGUUCUUGGCUGCAGAAGGAGGUAACCUUCUCCGGCUUUACCAGAAAUAUCCUGUGAAAUUUGGAAUUGGUGGUUGCCCAGCUAACAAUGGCCCAGCGGUGCCUGUUGUCUACGAUGUGGGCAAUGCCCAGAAGACGGCUGAGUAUUACUCUCCAUAUGGGUGGGCUGAAUUCGAACCUGGCUUCAUUCAGUUCCGAGUGUUCAAUAAUGAGAGAGCAGCCAUGGCUCUCUGUGCUGGGGUUAAAGUCACCGGAUGCAACACAGAACAUCACUGUAUUGGCGGAGGAGGAUAUUUCCCAGAAGGAAAUCCUCGGCAGUGUGGGGACUUCACGGGAUUUGAGGGGCGUGGCUACGGGACACAUGGUGCCUGGAGCGCUUCUAAAGAGAUAACUGAAUCUGUUGUACUGCUCUUUUACCGUUGAUGGAUGGUGUCGUAGAAACAGGAGUACCGAGGGCACAGUCUUGAGCAUGAA